AAAAAAAAAAAAAAAAAAAAAUAAUAAUUCCGGGUCGGACUUACUUUAAUGCUUAGAGUGUCUAUACAAUAAAAUGUAACUUCUUGAGAGGUCAACAUGAAUCCUCCUCUUUUUCAUACAUCUCAAUAUGGUAAAGCUCCUACCAAGAAGUCUGCCGGUAAGAAGGUUGCUCCCGCUCCCUACCCCAUCAAGAGUAAGCAAGCCCCUAAGGUUGCUGCCAAUCCUUUGCUCGAAAAGACCCCCAAGAACUUCGGUAUUGGUCAAGAUGUCCAACCCAAGCGUGAUGUUUCACGUUUCGUCAAGUGGCCCAAGUACGUUCGUCUUCAACGCCAAAAGAAGAUCAUCUACCAACGUCUUAAGGUCCCUCCUGCUAUCAACCAAUUCACUCAAGUUUUGGAUAAGAACACUGCUACUCAACUCUUCAAGUUGAUGCACAAGUACAGACCCGAAAGCAAGACCGAAAAGCGUGAUCGUCUCCGUGCCAUUGCUGCUGCUAAGGCUGAAAAGAAGGAAGUCCCCAAGACUGACAAGCCUAUGGUUGUCAAGUACGGUAUCAACCACAUUACCGCCCUUGUUGAAGCUAAGAAGGCUCAAUUGGUUGUCAUUGCCGAUGAUGUUGAUCCUAUCGAAUUGGUCCUCUGGCUCCCUGCCCUCUGUCGUAAGAUGGGUGUCCCUUACUGUAUCGUCAAGGGUAAGGCUCGUCUCGGUGCCCUCGUCCACAAGAAGACUGCUACCGCUCUUGCCUUGACUGAUGUUGCUGAAGCUGAUAAGGCUGAAUUGGCUACCCUCGUCUCUGCUGUCAACGCUAACUUCACUGAGAAGUGGGAUGAAAACCGUCGUCACUGGGGUGGCGGUAUCAUGGGCCCCAAGUCCAACGCCAAGAUGGCUAAGCGUGCUGCUGCUGCCGCUAAGGAAAUUGCUGCUCGUCAAUAAACACAUUAUUUUUUAGAUAAUAAAAAUAAUAACUAAACUUUUAUAACAAUUACCCUAAAUUGAAGUUUUAUAUAUGUAUAUAUAUAUGUGU